UCUCAUCACACUCUCUCCACUUCCAUUCUAUCCAAAUUCAUUCAUACACACUUUUCCUUUCUCUCUUCAUAUUUUCAAUAUUUUGUUUAAUGGAAAUUUCUUCUUUCCUAUUUCCCAAUCAGGAAGAUUAUCCUUCUCCUAAUUUCUUCAGUUUUUUUCAAGAUUUUGACUUCCCUACUACUGAUACUCUUGCUCCGAUAGCUGCUGAACCGCUUCCUAAGAAGCAAAGAGUUGAUGAUUUUGAUUUUGAUUUGGAACAGCAGGGCUCUUUGAAGAGUGUUGAGGAUAUAUUAAACAAAUUUUUGGGAUUUGAUAAGGAAGAAGAGAAAACAAACCUUAAGCAAUUCACAAAUCAAAAUCAAUCUGUUUUUGACUUUUCGAAUCAACAACCUACCGGGUUACUAAUGAUAAAUGAGAAAGUGAAGCCAAUGGCGAGUACUAAUAACAAAAGGUCUCGUCAGAGUUCUUCUGAAUUCAUUUCAACUUCGGAGGAGGAAUCUCAGCCUCAACAGCAAAGGAGGUUAUGGGUGAAAGACAGGUCUAAAGCAUGGUGGGAGCAGUGUAAUAGCCCUCAUUUUCCAGAAGAGGAGUUCAGAAAGGCGUUUAGGAUGAGCAGAGCAACUUUUGAUAUGAUCUGUGAAGAAUUGGAAUCUGUAGUCACUAAAAAGGACACAAUGCUUCGUCAAGCAAUUCCAGUUCGCCAACGUGUUGCUGUCUGCAUUUGGAGAUUGGCAACAGGAGAGCCACUUCGUGAAGUUUCAAAGCGUUUUGGCCUAGGCAUAUCUACAUGUCAUAAGCUUGUUCUAGAGGUUUGCACUGCAAUUAAAGGCGUACUCAUGCCAAAAUUCGUGCAAUGGCCUAAUGAGGAUUACAAGAUGAACGAGAUCAAACGUGAAUUCCAGAUGUUAUCCGGGAUGCCAAAUGUAGGUGGAUCUAUUUACACAACACAUGUUCCAAUAAUCGCCCCAAAAGUAAGUGUAGCUGCUUAUUUCAACAAAAGGCAUACAGAAAGGAAUCAGAAAACUUCAUACUCCGUUACAGUUCAAGGUGUUGUUGAUCCAAAAGGGGUUUUCACAGAUGUUUGCAUCGGUUGGCCUGGUUCGAUGUCUGAUGACAAAGUAUUGGAAAAAUCAGCUUUGUAUCAGAGAGCAAACAGGGGACAGUUGAAGGAUACUUGGGUUGUAGGAAAUUCAGGGUAUCCAUUAAUGGAUUGGGUAUUAGCUCCUUACACACGCCAAAAUCUUACUUGGACUCAACAUGCUUUCAAUGAAAAAGUAGGGGAAGUCCAAAAGGUUGCUAAAGAGGCGUUUAUGAGAAUGAAAGCUAGGUGGAGCUGCUUACGCAAGAGAACAGAAGUGAAGCUUCAAGAUUUGCCUGUGGUUUUGGGGGCUUGCUGUGUAUUGCAUAAUAUUUGCGAGAUGAGAGGUGAACAACUGAAUCCAGAGCUGAGAUUUGAUCUUUUCGAUGAUGAAAUGGUUCCAGAAAAUAUUGUGAGGUCAAUGAAUGCUGUACAAGCUAGGGAUCAAAUUGCUCACCAACUCUUGCAUCAAAAUCAUGCAGGCACUAAUUUCCUUUAACAAAUAGUUCUAUGUUCCAAUUUUAUGUAUAAGGGGCAAUUUGAUGUCAUGUUAUAGAAUAAUAGUUAAGUACAAUAUAUAGAAAUGAUGCAAAAUUUUGGAUAUCAAAUGGAAAUUUCAAUUGUUGUUACAUAAUA